UUGGUUGCAGCUAUGCCAUAAUUUCCUCCGUCCAUUUUACAUUACACUCCAAAUUAACAUCCAUGUUAUCACCACAUAUCCCCUAGAAACCAACACACUCUACACUCUACACCUGCAAAAAUGGCAGCCGCAGCAACUUCAUUGACCUUCUCUGCAUUCUCCUCCGCCACCAAAAACCACCACAACCACAUCCCCCUUGCCUCUUCAUCUUACUCUUUCAAUCCCAUUAGAAACCUUCGCUCCCGUCUCCUCCACCAUCACUCCAUCAAAACCUCCACUAUCACCGCCAUUAUCUCCGUCGGAGACAAGCUCCCAGAAUCCACCUUAUCCUACUUCGACUCCGACGGCGAACUCCAAACCACCUCCAUCUCCGACCUCACAAAAUCCAAAAAAACCAUCCUUUUCGCCGUCCCAGGAGCCUUCACUCCGACUUGUUCCCAGAAACACCUCCCUGGGUUCGUCGAGAUAUCCAGUGAGCUCAAAGCGAAAGGCGUCAAUACAAUCGCUUGCAUCUCCGUCAACGACGCGUUCGUGUUGAAGGCGUGGAAAGCCGAUCUGAAAAUUGGCGAUGAAGUGUUGAUAUUGAGCGAUGGAAAUGGCGAUUUCACUAAAGCAAUUGGGUGCGGAUUGGAUCUGAGCGAUAAUCCGAUUGGAUUAGGGGUUAGGUCAAGAAGGUAUGCGAUGCUUGUUGAAGAUGGUGUUGUGAAAGUUCUGAAUCUUGAAGAAGGAGGUGCUUUUACUUCCAGUAGUGCCCAGGAUAUGCUUGCUGCUCUUUGAGCCAUUUCGAGUGCUUUUUUUUGGUCUUUUUCCAAAGCAAUAAUUCCCGAAUUCUCAUGCAUUAAUUACUUGUACUUUAUGUCUCGUAACUUAUACAUUUGUUCAUCUUUGUGAAGAUAUUGAGUUCGACUAUAUCUAUGAAUCUCAGGGUGAUCAUCAA